AUGGCUGGAAAGAGACGAGGCCGAGGAAACAACACCCAGCAGCAACAACAACAACAAACCCCACGUAACCAGAGACGACGCCAGAGCAGGGCUCUGCGGGAGCCGGCAGCUUUCGCCAAAUCUACGGGCUGCGAGUUGGAAGUCCCCCAUGAAAAACUGACCAUUGCUCAAGCAAAAAGAGGAACACCAGCCCACCGUCCAGUGCGAGUCUACGCUGACGGAAUCUUCGAUCUUUUCCACUCGGGCCACGCUCGAGCUCUGAUGCAGGCCAAAAACGUCUUCCCCAACACUCACCUGAUAGUGGGAGUGUGCAGCGAUGAACUCACCCACAAGUUCAAGGGCUACACGGUGAUGACGGAGGACGAGCGCUACGACGCCCUCAGGCACUGUCGCUACGUCGACGAGGUGGUGCGGGACGCGCCCUGGACCCUCACCACGGAGUUCCUCAAGUUGCAUAAGAUCGACUUUGUGGCGCAUGACGACAUCCCGUACACGUCUGCAGGAUCGGAGGACGUUUACAAACACAUCAAGGAAGCAGGAAUGUUCGUGGCCACUCAGAGGACGGAGGGCAUCUCCACAUCUGAUCUGAUCACUCGCAUCGUCCGAGAUUAUGACAUCUACGUCCGACGAAACCUGCAAAGAGGCUACACUGCUCGGGAACUAAACGUUGGCUUUAUUAAUGAGAAAAAGUACCGACUCCAGAACCAGGUGGACAAAAUGAAGGAAACAGUCCGUACAGUGGAGGAAAAGUCCAAACACUUGGUUCACAGAGUGGAGGAGAAGAGCCAGGACCUCAUCCAUAAAUGGGAAGAGAAGUCCAGAGAGUUCAUCAGCAACUUCCUGGAGCUUUUUGGACCGGAUGGUGCCUGGCAUGUGAUUCAGGAGAGGAGUGGCCGGAUGCUCCAGGCUCUCUCGCCCUACACUUCCCCCCGAGCCUCCCCCAGCAGCAGCCCCACCCGAACACGUUCGGUCUCUCCCGACUCCUUCCCCUCCUCUGCCUCUGCCUCCCCACCUUCCUCUCCAUCCUCACCCUCCUCACGCAAGAAGGGGAAGCGCUCCUCUUUCAGAGCUGCCUCUACAUACAGCAGACAUGUACAAUGAGCUUGUCGCACUUCGGCCGU